CUCCCCAAUGUAAAUAAAAAGCGUGUCAAACUGUUGCAGGCAGAGAGAAGUGCAGGCACACCAGAGAUCCAGCAUGUCUAAGAAGGAGGAUCCGAUGGAGGAGAUUAUGGAGUCCAAAGUCAUGUGGUACCCUGACAGCAAGAAAGUCACCCAGAUGGACCAGUUCAGGGCCAGGGUGAACAGGAACUAUGGGCUCAGCCUGGCCAAUUAUAAUGAACUGUACCAGUGGUCGGUGGAAUGCUAUCCAGAAUUUUGGACAGAAUUUUGGGAUUUCAGUGGCCUUGUCUACUCACGCAUGUACAAUGAGGUCAUUGACAGGUCCAAAGGGAUUGCUGAUGUUCCAGAAUGGUUUCGUGGGAGCCGUUUGAAUUAUGCUGAGAACCUUCUCAAACACAAGGAAAAUGAUAAAAUUGCACUAUAUGCUGCAAGAGAAGGCAGGGAGAAUGUGGAAAAGGUGACUUUUGAAGAGCUGAGAAGAAAUGUAGCUUUAUACGCAGCUGCUAUGAGAAAGAUGGGAGUCGAAACCGGAGAUCGCGUUGUUGGCUAUCUUCCAAACUGCAUCCAGACAGUGCAAGCCAUGCUGGCAGCUGCAAGCAUUGGAGCCAUUUGGAGUGCCACUUCUCCAGACUUUGGAGUUAAUGGAGUCCUGGACAGAUUUUCCCAAAUUCAGCCUAAGCUGAUCUUCUCUGUGGAAGCGGUGAUUUAUAAUGGAAAGGAGCAUGCACAUCUGGAGAAGCUGCAUAAUGUAGUAAAAGGAUUACCAGACCUGAAGAAAGUGGUAGUGAUUCCUUAUGUCCAGGCAAAAGAGAAAGUUGACAUCUCUAAGAUUCCUAACAGUGUAUUCCUAGAUGAUUUCCUGGCAACUGGAAAAGUGGGAGACCAGGCCCCACAGCUGGAGUUUGAGCAGCUACCCUUCAAUCACCCCCUGUAUAUCAUGUACUCAUCUGGUACUACUGGAGCCCCUAAGUGUAUGGUGCAUUCUGCUGGCGGUACCCUGAUUAAACAUUUGUCGGAGCAUAUUCUUCAUGGAAAUACUACUAGCAGUGAUUUCAUUAUGUACUACACCACGGCUGGAUGGAUGAUGUGGAACUGGCUGGUUACAGCUAUAGCUACUGGAGCUUCAGUGGUGCUGUAUGAUGGGUCUCCUCUUGUUCCUAAUCCCAACAUACUUUGGGAUCUCGUGGACAGACUGGGGAUAACCAUUUUGGGAACUGGAGCCAAGUGGUUGACUGUUCUAGAAGAGAAGAAUUUUAAACCUCGUGAAACCAACAGCCUCAAAACACUUCAUACGAUACUAUCAACUGGAUCACCAUUAAAGCCACAAAGUUAUGAUUAUGUUUAUAAUCAAAUAAAAAGAAAUGUUCUUCUUGGAUCCAUCUCUGGUGGUACAGACAUUAUAGCUUGUUUUAUGGGACAGAAUCCUACCAUUCCAGUAUACAGAGGGGAAAUCCAGGCCAGGAACCUGGCAAUGGGAGUGGAAGCAUGGUGUGAGGAAGGAAACGCGGUGUGGGGGGAAAGCGGAGAACUAGUGUGUUUAAUUCCGCUCCCAUCUCAGCCCACACACUUCUGGAACGAUGAAGAUGGCAGCAAAUACCAGAAAGCAUACUUCUCCAAAUUCCCAGGUGUCUGGGCUCAUGGAGACUACUGCAAAAUAAACCCUAAGACUGGUGGCAUUGUCAUGCUGGGACGCAGUGAUGGCACUUUGAAUCCUAACGGGGUACGAUUUGGAAGCUCAGAAAUCUAUAAUAUAGUUGAAUCCUUUGUGGAGGUUUCCGACAGCUUGUGUAUUCCCCAGUACAACAAAGAUGGCGAAGAGCGAGUGAUUCUCUUUCUUAAAAUGAACAAUAAUUACACUUUUGGCAGUGGCCUGGUGAAGAGGAUAAGAGACUCCAUUAGAAUAGCACUUUCAGCCAGGCAUGUACCAUCGCUGAUCCUUGAAACAAAAGACAUUCCAUACACAAUUAGUGGGAAGAAAGUAGAAGUUGCUGUAAAACAAAUCAUUGCCGGAAAGGAAGUAGCACAUCGCGGGGCAUUCUCCAAUCCUCAGUCCCUGGAUCUGUACCGCACCAUUCCAGAACUGCAGAAUUUCUGAUGUACUGUGUAGAUCUUGUACAUAUACCUGCAUGGAUGGCUACGGUUUUUGAAGAAAAUUCUGAAUUUCUAAGGUAUAUGUGACUUGUGCCAUCAGCCCUAUAUUGGUAUACAGGGAAGAACUGACUAUCUACAUUCAGGCUAUCUACACAUGUAUCCUAUGGAAAGUCUUUACAUUUGCUGCACAGUUUUGGAAAUCGCAUUUCAGAACCCUCUGUCAUUUUCUCUCUUCUGGAAAGCAUGGGUUUAAGCCACGGCAUCUGCUCUGUAAAAUUGGGUCAGUUUCCUCAUCUUAAUCCAAGGGCAAGUACCGUACUCUUCUCCAGCUGUUCAAGUGGACCUGUCAAGAAAAACAGAAAAGUCCACAGCCUGCAGGGAAUCUGAAAUGCAGUGUAUUGUUACAGUCACAAAUGCCUUUCAUGAGAAAAGUAUCCUGUACAAUUGUACCCCAUCAUUCCUGUAUAUUAGCUGUCAUGGUAAGAGCUGUUACUGCAUGUGAGCAUUUAGAUGCAAUUUAUGAGUCUGUUGAGCCUGCUGGAAUUGUCGGCAUAGUCUCAGGCGCAGCGCGAACAUUAGGCUCUUGGGGAUAAUCAGGAUAAUAAUCUGCUUAGAUAAUGGCAAAUUCAUGCCGACAUAAUGGCAUUUUUAAUUUGGACGUUCUGUACAGUUUCAGCACAUAGUAAGUAAAACACAGGUUUAUAUACUGUAUACAGUAAAUCUAUAUGUAGUUGGGUUUCCUUUUCCUGUGAGGGCUGGUGUCUGUGUUGGGUGGGCUUGGGGCAGUGCCUUGCAUUUUUUCCCUUUUUGAUUGUCAUGUCACAGUGACAUUUUCUACACUUCUAGAAGCUCAGGGUGUGGAAAAGAACUGCAGAGAGGGAUGGAAAACUGCAGACGUGAUUUUCCACAGCUGCCGUCUGAGUUCUAGUGUGAACAGGGCACAUACCCUUGCAUCUGUUUUUUUUUCCGGUGCAGAAAAACAUUGAUCUCCGCAGUUAUGAACAAGCCCUAAUGAUAUGUUCUUAUGUGUUUCCACUCCAGUUGAAGUCAUAGGUUGCCUAUACCUUCUAUAGACACGUGGCACACACUUUUAUAACCAAAAAAAGCAUGGCUUACCUGUAAACAUUCUACUCCUAGUAACCGUUCUGUAUCACUAGGGAAUGAUCUACUUAUUGUAAGUGCUCAGAAAUGGGAAACGUGAGCUUUUAAGGGAAAGUAUAGCAUACUUUUGAGUUAUUAUUGCCGCAUUUACCAUUUUUUUAAAAGACAGUUUUGAUAAGACACUAAAAAAAAAAAGAGAAAGGAAGAUGGAGACCUAAUCUUAUUAAGUUAAUGUAGAGGUUUUGAAAUUCCCCAUUAGAGUUCUCACAGGUUCAGUGCAAUCUCUCUGGCUCUCCUAGCAGCUACAGAGCUAAGCUUUGAAUCUGCCAUCGUAAUAAGGGACAGUACAGCUCAAACCCUGGGGUUGAUUUACCAAUGUUGACAAAUUUAUAAGAUUUACAUCCGGAUGGUCUUUACAGAAAAAUGUUAAAAACCAUAAACAUUCCCUUUUAAACCUCUAAUUGUGUGCAGGGGACAAAAAGAUUCUUUGCACAUGAUUGCAUUUUAGACACAUGCUCUAAUAAAUCGCUGCUUUGUGUGCAGGUACUUUGGGGUAUUUUUUGUGUGAUAUUCACCAAACAUUGACUGCGGGUGUAUCUGUAUUUUAAAUGAUAGUGAUUGAUUUACCUGUGGUGCAUGUUUUUGGUGAAUGCCACAUUCACUACUUAAUAAAAUAUACUCUGUUUUAAAGUUAGUCACUCCAAAAGUGCCAAAAUCUACCAAAGAAGGAAUACAAGAAGACUUUCAAAAGGAAUAAGGCUCCAUGCACACUGGGCUUAAAAAAAAAAAAAAAAAGUCUGUUCUCUUGGCAGUAAAAAACACUCGUAUAGAGCAUUUUUUUGUUAAGUGUAGACGAGUUUAGAAGAGUUUUAUGUUUUUUCUGCCAGUAACCUCCAAUCAGAAACUCAAACCAGGUUUAUUGCCUCUAAACAUUGAGCUAAAAUAUGCCUGUAAUCCUCCGAUGUGUAGAAGAUACAUAGGAUAACAUUGAGUAGCUUCUACAGGGAGAACACAACUCCUGUAGAAGCAAAGUUUUUUGUAAGCCAGUGUGCAAGGAGCCUAAAGGUGAUGCUACUCUCUACUCCAAAGAGACUUUCUGAACAUUACUACAGAAAUUGCAUUGGCGUUUUUUUGUUUUUUUUCUUGUUUUUCUCUCUGCUCCCAGUUUUCUGUGCAUAGACCUGUAAAAUGCCCCACAUGUUCAGUUUUUGAAAGGGAUGUCUUUUUUUUUUUUAGAGAGAAACCCAGCAUGAAUAAAAGUGACAAAUAACCAUGCUGCCCUAAUCCAUUGAAAAAUGGACAUGGUUCUUUUUCUUCCUUCCUUUUUUUUU